AUGUUCGUUCAGAAAUACUCCUAUGGUGGUUUUUUGAAUUUACAUAAAAUGCUGUCAAAUUCUAAUAUAAAUAUUAUACAAGAAAUAAAAAUAAAUAAUAAUAUAUCAAACGUAAUAAAUAAACUGAGAGAAUUUCGUAAAUAUAAUGAUAACAUUUACGAAAAGUUUAUAAACUCUUGCUCUUCUUUUGUGAAAAAAUUAUAUAUAGAAACAUUUUUAGACAUUGAUAAGUCAUUAGCAGAAUUAAAUGAACUGUUAAUAAAAGAAGUAAAAUACUUAUUACUAACAAAUAGUGAUGCCAUAUCAGAAGCAAGUAAAUUGAAUGAAGAAAAUUUUAAAAAGAAUUUAGUAGAUAAAUUAUAUGAAGAAUUUUUACAACAAGAAAAGUCUGAAAAAGAUGAGAAUAAUUUACUAUAUUUUAAUAAAAUUAAUAUGGCACAAAAAUUAAGAAAAUUUUUAAAUUUAUAUUCUAUUGGAGAUCCAGAGGCACAUGAAAUUAUAUUAAGCUUAAUACAAAUAGAUACAUCUAAAAUAACUAUAGACCAUAAAUCAAUACUAACGAAUUUUGAUUAUAUAUUAAAUUCACCUAAUCCUUAUAUAUUAUUAAAAAAUUUUGUCAAAGGAGAUGAAGAUAUUAUCAAUGAUUCUUUCUUAAAAACAUAUUGGAUAUGUGUAAAAAACUUACAUUUAUUUUUUAAGUCAUAUAAUUCACAUGUUCUUACUGUAUUAGGGGAAAAGUUCAAAAAUGAUAUCUUUACAUAUAUAGAUGACGUUAUAUGUCAUAAAAAGGAAAAAGUUAUAUAUAAUGAUGAGGCAAGUUAUUUUCUUAAUAUAUACAACUUUUUUGAUAGUUUUUUAGCACUACUAAUUUCAAAAGUUCAUAAUUCGAAAGUCACCAUUUUAAAUGAAAAUGGUAUUCUCAUAUCUAUACGUAUAAAUACUUUAUCUGAUAAGCUUAUUCAGUUAGUAUCUACCAAGUAUUACUCAGGCACUUUAAUUCCUCAUAGAUUAUUUGACGAUCUAACAUAUCUUUUAGUUCAUGAAGAGUUAUCCAUACUAAAAGCUUUACAUAAUUUCGAAGUAACUCCGAUACAUGUCAUAAAUGAUUCUUCAACUUUUUUCCAGUAUAAACAUUCCCCUGCAACAGAAACCAUCAAAAUUGCGUCUAUCACCUCACAAGAGAAUGAGGAAGUUACCAAGUUAAUAAAAAACGAAUUAGAGCAAAAUUCUACUGGGCAAAAAAAGGAGGAUGUAAAACACUACAAAACUAUAGCCGAUAUAAUUACCAAGUAUAAUGGGAAUAACCCCUUGACACAAAAUAAUAUCUAUCUGUUGUUACACGAUAUUAUUACAGGGAAUUUAACAAAUUUAAGUCUCUUAUUUUCAUUGGAAAUUAUUAAUUAUCUCGAUGAACACUGUGAAGACAUCGACUUGCGUAAGGAAAAUUUAAGAGAAAACAUGCAAGAAAAAGAAAAAGGGGAUAAAGAAAAAAAUAAUGAAUAUUAUAAUGAUCUAGGUUUACACCUUUAUUAUUCUGAUAGACUCGAUAUACAAAAUGAUGAUGUUAAUAACAGUUCAACACAAAAUUUAUUAACUAAUUAUAUACAUGACAACCCGAAAUUGAAGAAGUUAUAUGAUUCCAUUAUGCACAGCACCGAAUAUUCAGAUAGCGAUUCAAACAAUUCAGAAUUAAAAGAAUCAAAAACUAUUACAGAAAAAAUGCACUUAAGUAAGAUAAGGAGUGAUCACUCAUCAGAUCAUGAAUCUAUUAAUUUACUACAAAAUGAAAAAAAAGAUAUUUCAUCCGACGAAUCACAUGUAUCCAAAAAUAAUGAUUUAACUCUAAGUACAUAUAACAAAUCAAAUGAAACUUUUUUAGAAAACCUGUCAGGUCCUUCUACCAAUAUGCCUACUGCAGGAUCGAGGAUGAGAUUGUCUAAAUCCAUGUCAAAUUUGUCAACUAUUUUGAAAAAAGAAAAAGGUACAUCUGAAUGGGAAAAUGGUACAAAUUCUGAGGGGAAAUAUAAGAAUUUGUCUAAGUCUAUGCCUAAUUUGUCAUACAUCCAUGACAAGAAACCUUUUUCUGAAUGGAUUAAUAAAAAUUUGAAAGAAAAUAAUGUGGAUGAGUCCUCUAAUAAUAGUAAUAGCACGUCCACAGAAUUAUUAGAUUAUACGACUGAAGACUCUGCAAGCUCAUCAUCAACUGAACAUUUGUAUAAAGGCUCAAAAGAAGAAUUCUUAGAAGAUAAUGAUUAUUCUACAGCAAGAGAUACGUCACUUAUGCCGAACAGUACAUCUGCCAUGGUUGAUGAUCCUUCUUUUACCGAUAACCAAAUGUCUGACGAAAAGCACAACAAAUAUAUAAACAAUUCAGGUAGUUCCUAUAAACAAAUGGAAGGAGCAGACAACACGAUAGAUGACCAAAUGAAUGAAUUUCACAUAUUUCGUGUUCGUAAUAUGUCUAAUUUAAAAGUGGAAAAUAAUAAUAUGCACAAGGAAGAAGAAAAAUAUGAAAAGAAUAUGAGGGAAAUAAUGAAUAGUGCAUUUUAUCUUAGAAAUAUUUGUAACGAGAAAAAAAAAAUUAUGGAAAUAGAAAAGUUAAAAAGUAUUAAAGAAUUAAAAUUUGACUUACUAGGUACAAAAUAUAGUAUUUUAAAUAAAAAUUUAUUGUUUCUGAAUGACUCAAAUUUAAAAAAUAUUUUUGAAUCUAUUUUUUUUGAUUCUAAUCAAAUGAAAAAUUCGAUAAUUCGGAUAAUGUCCACCUACGAAAUAGGAAAUUUAGAAAACAUAUUAGAUGUUAAUAUCAGUGACUUAAAUUCUCAUUUUUAUAAUUUACCAAACGUAUUCUAUAAUAAGAAAAAAAUUUUAUCCUUAUUUAGUUUAAAUACUAGUCAAGAUGUAAUAAACAAAAUUGAAACGAAGCUUUAUUCUGUAUUUACAAUUGUUUGGGUACAUUAUACAAAUUAUUUGAGAAAGAUAUUGGAUAUAUUUUCAACAAAGGAAUUAAAUGUACUCUCAGCUAUGUAUUAUACAUUUAUUAAUACAAAUAAAGAUGAUCAUCACCUAAAUCUUUUGAACAAUUUUGGUUUUACUGAUGUUUUUCUUAUGUACACAUUAUUAAUUAGCUUAAAGAGAAACAUAUAUUAUAUAAAUCAAAAUAAAUCUUUUGACAUUCAAAAUGAUUCGCUCUUAAAAAUUCAGCCUCUACAAAUUGCACAUGGGGAUAAUGGAUUCUAUUAUAUAUUUGAAAACGAUUUUGCAACUAAAAUAUUAAAUAAAAAUUUGGAUAAUAAAAAUAAAAUAAAUGCAGGUUUUGGUCUGAAUUUCUACUCUGUUAAGGAAAUAGAUAAAUCUAUUUUUAAUCAUAACGGGGAUAUGGUAUCCGAAUUAGAAGAAGCAAAAAUGUCUCUUCCAAAGAAGAACUUACUAACCAUGAUAGGAUCAACUGAACAUGCAAGCGUUUCGUAUAAUAUAAAUAACAAGACAGUAACAGAAAAGUAUUCAUUUUUACCCAUUUAUAGAAAUGAAAACGGAAUUAUUAUUAAUGAUGUUCCUGCUUUAAUUACAGCUAUUAUAUGUGGUCAAUUAAAUACGUUAACUAAUAUAAAUGAUUGUAUAAAAAAAGAGGAUGUUUUCUCUCCAUUUAGUGAAAAAAUUAAUUCUAUUAUAUAUAACUUUUAUAACAAUAGCACAAGUUUUAAAAGUAUUACAUUUAUGUCUAACAAGAAAGCUUAUCAAAAUGUUUUUAGUAAUUUUUAUGAUAAUGAAAAAAUACUUCUGAGAGCACUGAUACUACACCUCGAAGAGAUGAGCCGAAAUGCAGAAGCUUUAUCUAAGGAGAAUGAAAUUAGAUAUCACUUUUCGUUUGUUUAUAACUUAAUAAAAAGACAAGUACUAAAGAAAGGGGUUCCUAACCACACAAUAGCAGUUCAUUUAUAUGCCCUAGAAGAAAUAAUUUUUAAAUACAAACUAUAUAGCGAAAAAGUAGCUAGUACUCUAAUUCUGCUAAGCAACAAAUACGCAGAAAAUGAACAAUUCAUGGAGGUGCUAGACAUUAUUUCCCUAAUCUUUUAUCGUAUGAAAGUAGAAAAAAUGAAGCAGAGUGUUAAUCAAGGUACUCCGGAAGUGCACAGCGAAAUACUAGUUCUCGAUUUAAUCGAUGUAACAAAUAUAAUGGCAUUUUUUAAUAAAGUUUUAAAUAAGAUAAUCAAGAUAGAGGAAUUAGAAGAAUUAAUUGACAAUGAAAAUAUUAUUAUAAGUCACAUAGAUGAAAUUAUGGUAGUUGUAAGGAAAAUAUUUGAAAGCUUUGAUAAUUACUUUUAUGAUAUUAUAGAGGAUGAUAUAAGAAAUAUAAUAAUAGACACAUUAUUAAAAAAAAUGAAAUUAUUACUUAUUUAUUAUAAAAAUUUUAUUGAUGACGAUAGUAAAAAGUUGUCAUCCUUACUUGUUAACAACAUAAAAAAUAAAAAAUCAUUUUUAAUGUUUGAAGGUCCUAUUACAUACAAUUUUCCUAUCGAUAUAUCAUACGGAAAAGUUAAAAAUUUCGAAAAAAUCUUUUUUUUAGAUUUAAUUCAAUAUUCAUACUCUGAUUAUACUAGUUCUCAUUUGAAAUACACACCAGAUGAUAAGGAUGAACAGAGUAGCAACAUGUCACAACUAAUUGAACGUGUGAAGAAGGUAAUUUUAUUGUACCAUGCAUUUGAUAUACCCCAAGAAUAUAAUGAAAAAUUAUUUCAACAUAUUUUCGAUUUUGCUCAAGAAGAAUCUGUUAAUAAAUCUUUAGUUCGUAAAAGUGAACUAUGGGGACGAAAUGUUCCGACAGACACUUACGCCAAGCUUUGUGUUGUUAAUUUGCAAAGAUUAAUCAGGUACUACUUUGAAAGCAGUCGAAUAAAGCAUCUAGUAGAUUUCAUGUUGAAUUAUGAUGAAGUUAAAGUAGAAAUAAAAAGACCGAUAAUGGAAGAAAAGAGGACUAGCAGUUUAUAUUCAUGCUUAAAAGAACAAUGGUUAUACAAAAAAAAUUUUCAAAAUAUGAAAUCAUAUCUGUCAAAUGUUAAAAUGAGAUUUAGCUUGAAUGUGCAAGACAUUAAGACAUGUGUUAGAAAAAACGAAGGGUACCCUCAUUUAAACACAUUAACAAAUGUUAUGUUAAAUUUAUUAGCUUAUGAGUUAGAUAAUAUUUUUCAGACAAAAGAUAAAUUCAAUUCCAUUUUUUUACUCAUGGGAGUAAAGAGAAAUGAUAUGAGUAUCAAAUUACUUUAUAAAAUUAAUAACGUAUUAAAUAUUAAACAAAAAGUUGCCAUUUUUUAUUACUCUAAAAACGCACUCCUAUAUUUAACUGAAAUAUUGAGUCAUCAUUUUAAACAAAAAAUUAUAUAUUUAUCAGAAAAUGCAGAAGGUGAAUUCAGUGUAUAUUCCUUUAAUCCUGAAAAGAGUGAUAAUGAUAGUAAAAUUAUCAUAUUAAAAGAUGAUCAUACGUUGAAAGUGUUCGAUCAGAACAACUCUCUGUUCAAAUAUGAGAUGCACCACGUGAAAGACGCCUGUUUCCUCCAUAUGUACUAUGAUGAAGUAGUGAACAUAAAAGAAUAUCUCGAGUCGCUUGAAGGUAAGUAUGCAGAGAAUCCAAGGAUUUCAUUGGAGGAAAUUCACGGUAUUUUAAGAGCCUAUAACUAUGAAAUGAGUUACACGAACAUACAGCAAGCAAUAUUGGUUUUAUUAGAACAUAAGGAUAUCAGUAGUUUAAAAAAGGUAGACCUCUUAAAUUUGAUAGAUUUAGACAUUGUGAAGCACAGAAAUAUGAGAGUUAAAAACAGCUACCUACAUUUGCUAUACUUAGAAGUAAAUUCCCUAUUUGCCUUUGGGUAUUAUAACAAUUUAGAUAAUUUAUUAAAUGAUUUAUUCUUGUGUGAUAAGGGAUUGUUAGAAUGGUUUAAUGAAUCCUUAUUUCAUAGAAGAAAAUCAGAUGAGGUCAAUAAUUACAAUAAAUUACCUCUAUUCGUUACUUCGUUAAGGUAUAUGAUAAAAAAGUUGGAAAACAUAACAAGUAAUAAAUUGUUAGUAAAAGAGGAUUAUGAUAAAGUUAUGGAACUAUUUAAGACAAAAACACAAGAAAUAGUAAAGUUUGACUUUGAGGAAGUUAUACCACUUUUUUUAAAAAAAAAAAAAAAAAAAAAAUUAAAUUAUGACAAUACUAUGCUUAGUAAUAAAGUAGAAGAAUUCAAAAUUGAUGAAAAGAUAAAAGAUAAAAUUCUGAAGGAAAUAGAAGAAUAUAAAUUUUCUGUAUCAUCUAAGGAUAGGAAACCUUAUUACCUUAUCUCCUUAAUUGGAUUAGGUCAUUCCUAUAUUCAAAAAUUUAAUAAGUUACAGUUAGGUUUUCAUUCUUCUAUGUCUGCUAGUAGUUUGAUUAAGUUACAUAAGAUGUAUAACCUAUUCCUUGUAAAUGAACUAGCGGAUGUGAUGGAUAUACUAAUUAGUACCAUACUUAAGGUGUACAGAAAUUUUUUUUAUAAAAAUAAAGAGAGUAUAAAAAGUCAACAAAUUAAGUUGAGUAAGAAAAAGAGAAAAGAAUUUUGUGAACUAAUAUUAUCAAUGCACAAUGUACAUAAUGAUCUUUUAAAUUGUAAAAAUGCAAAAGAAGAAAAGGAUGAUACAGAUGUAGAGAAAAAUAAUGUAGAGUCCUUUACACUAUAUGAGGAUUAUUUGAAUUAUUUAUAUAAAAAUGUAUAUGACUUUUUUUACUCCGUCUUAAAUUGUUUAGAUGAUAAAUCUUGCUUUUUAGAAAAAGAGGAACAUAUUAAAGAUGUUAUUAGGAGGUUUCUUAAGGAUAAUCCUUUUAAUGAAAAAAUGGUAUGGCUUAUACCAUUUAUAUCAAAACAUUUUAGAAGUUCUCUAAGUAUAUUAUAUAUUAAAGAUAAUGAUAUACGUUUGUACAAAUAUCAGGAAGACAGUAGUAUAAAAUUUAGUAUACAAAUAUUAGUACAAGAUGAGAAUAUGUUUUUAAUUCUACCUACUUAUUUCAUACAUCUGAAUAUAUUAAAUAUUAUUACAAAUACGAUUAUAAAAAGUGAAGGUGAUAUCAGUUAUAAUAUUAAAACUCUUGCGCCGUUGUAUUUUAAUAUUCCUAACUGUCCAUUGGUUAUUGAUGAGUCUAUAAAAAAUAGAGCCAAAUCAAAUGAAUACUACAGUACCUAUGUUGCAAUAAUUGAAGAAAAAGUAAGCCUAUUUUUAUCUAAAAAGAUACAUAUAUAUAGUUUACUAAUAUCAAUAAGAGAAGAUAUACUAAAUUUUAAAUAUGUUAUAUAUUACGAAAAAUUUGUAAAAUUUUUGGAUAUAAUGGAUACUUUUAUUUCUAUACUUAAUUCUAAAAUACAUUUAAAUGUUGAUAUAACAUUUGAGGAUAUUCUAAACUCUCCAAAUAGCAUAGUUGAAAAUAGUAUUAACAAUAUUUUCAGUUUUAUAGAAAAUGAUGACUAUAGCAUAUUUGGUACAGAGAUAAUAAGGAUUUGUUCAAAUGCUAUGAAAAAUCACAGCCAUAGAAAACAUGAGGCAGGUACUUUUUUGCGACUCCUAGACUUUUUACUCAAAACAAUAAAAGUGGAAAUAGAAACACAGAAUAAAUUGUUGGAUAAUUUAAGUAAAGUAAAUGAGAUAAAUAUGGUAAAAAAGAAAACGUACAUUCAAAAAUUAAAAAGUUUAGAAUCCCUUAUCAUUUGUGAACAUGUAAAAAUAAUAUCAAAUAUAAUGAAAUAUGUAGAAAUAAAUCUAGACAAUAUAAUCAACCAUAUUGCAUACAAAUCGGAGAAGAAACAUAUUGAACAUGAAUUUAUAAACAAAGUUCAAAUAAUACAUGACUGUUGCUUGAAGUACGAUUUCAACGAAUUAGGGGCAACCGAGUUAACUAGGAAGUUUUUCAACGAACUAGAAAAAAGAAAUAUAAAAAUUUCAGACUAUUCAAAAGUUUUACAGAAGCUGUCAGACGAAGAAAUUGACUACGAAGAAUGGUAUUCCAUAGCAUGCAAAAUUCAAGUGGAUUAUUUUAAAAAAAAUGAAUUAUUCUAUAUUCAACAUUUGAAUGAAUCUACGUUUUGGAAAAAAGGGGCAAAAUUUUUUACAUCCAAAUCCAUUGUGAGCAAAUUAGAAGAGCAAAAAUUAUACAUAGAUGAGAAAGAUAUAAAACGACUAAGUGACAAUAAAUUAACAUAUAACGAAUACAAGGAUUUAUUAUAUAAUGUAAAAAUUCUGAGCAGGACGGAUAACAACUUAGACGCAAAACUGAUAAAUAGAGAACAUUAUGCUAUUUCGAUUGUAUGGAAAUUUAUUAAUACAGAAAUAUGUGUAAAUGGACAGGACAUAAAAUUUGAAGACAUAUAUGAAAAAUUAAAAAGUCAUAAGAAUGAUGUACAAUAUUUAUCUUUAUUAAAAAAAGAAGAUGUACAUAAUUUAUUCAAUGCAAUAAUAAUAUUCCAUAGGUUAGUUGAAGCCAUUGAUGAAGGUACAUUUAAUAAAUACAAAAGUUAUAGGAUAACAAAUGUACUGUUUGAAGAGUUAAUAAUUAGAGGAAUAUACAUAUCAGGUGAUUCCUUACUAACAAAGGAAUAUAUUGAAACUAUAUGUAACUAUGAUAUGUGGAAAAAAGAUAUUAAACAAGUAAAAGUUAGUAAUAUGUUAAUAAGAUCCUUAGUACCAACAAAAUACGUUACAUACUAUUCUUCUGCUUCAAUUUUUAAAAUACUUCGUUUUAUCCGAAAUUCAAGGAUUAACACUUAUUUAGUAAAUGCUUUGUCUUAUAUCAUAUAUCGUAUACUAAAGUUAGGAAAAACAAAAAAGGAUAUGUUUAAUACAAUUACGUCUGAAGGAAUUUUUCGUGGUAGUUUGGACGCUAUUAAACUUUUUUUAAUAAAAUUUAAUAUAUCAUUAGAUACAUUAAUUACUUGGUUCACUACUCUUCUAACAAGCAUGCAUAAUGUUAUCGAAAAUAGUAUCAUUGAGGAUAUAUUAGAAAGUAUCGAUUAUAGAAGAAUCUUUUCUAAUUUAUUUUUUUUACUACAUAAUAUUGUAGAAGAAUGUUACUUUAAAGCUAUACUAGAUUUUUUGCUUGGAUAUCCAUUUAUUGUUGAAUUUGUAAAUGAUCAUGAGGAGAAAGUAACUGAAAUUCUUUUAAAUUUUAAAAAAUUGUUUCUGCUUAAUUUUGGUACUUAUAUUAAUUUUUUUCUACAUUUAUAUGAUAGCAUCGAGAGCAAAUUUUUAACCUAUAUCAAAUAUUACGUUACGAAAAUUUUAAAUAAUUUAUUAUCCUAUUCAUCUGAAAUUAUUGAAAAGAUAAUGCAAAUCGAAAUACAGAGAAUAAGUUUACUUGAAUUCAUCUCAUUCAACGAUGAAGAAAAUAUGGCAUUAAUGUAUGAAAAUAUCAUAGCAAUUGUACAAUAUGAAGACUUUAUGAAUAGACUUAGAGAAACUACUGUUAAUAAACAUAAGGAAUAUUUUUCUAAUCAGAAAAAAGUACAAGUAUCCAAUUCAGAAUUAAUCCACAGCAUGUAUAAUAAAAUGAAAGAACAUUAUCAACUGGAGGAGCCACUUAUAAAAAACCAGGAUAUUCAAGGAGGUGAAAGGGAUACACGCAAUGCAGCGGUAUCAUCGUUUUUACAAAAAAAAAUGUUAUACCAGUUGAAAAAUAGACAAUUAGAAAAUAGGCAAUUAAAAAAUUUGCAACUGAAAAAUUGUAGGGGUAGAUACAAAUGGCAUGACACUAAUAUUUGUCAAGGUGAAAAUUUGGACAAGCGAAAGUAUUUUAGUGCAUCUAACAAACAGAAGAACAUACAACCCAUUUUUGAUAACAUCAGGCAUAAUAAACAAAAAUUGGUUAAUAUGCAACAUAAUUGUAACACAAAAUUUGGAAACAUGGAUAGUAACAUGGUUAAAAAUAUGUUCAGCAUCCACAGGAUUAAUUCGAUGGGGAUGGCAUACCAAAAAGUGAACGGGCGCCCAGCUCGGAAGAAUCAAAAUCAUAACUGUAAUAAUUUGGCUAAUAAUGUGAGGAAUAAUUAUACAAGUAAUGGCAGCGUAAGAAGUGGCAGUAUAUGCAGUGGUAAUGGCUGCAGCGAAAAGGCCGCUAGGUAUUGCAACGUUCUAAGUAAUCAUAUUAAGCACAUGAACCUUACGAAUACGCCCAAGAAUAUAUUUCCCGUUUUAAGGAAUAGUUAUGAUGAUGACCAUUUGGACUCGUCAUUCCUAGAAAAUAGAAGUAUCAACGAGAAUAGUAAUUAUUAUCUUACUGAAUCAUAUAACUAUAGAACGUUGAGUUGUUUAGAAAAAAUGUUCAUACACAUUUUUGACGCUAAUGUAAAUUCUUUGGAAAAUAAAACAAAAACAUGCAGUUCGUUGUAUACUCACAAUUGGACAAAGAAAGUAUAUAAAGUUUCUUUAGAAAAAUUAAAUGAUAAAGAAAGAUCUAUAUAUGAUUAUACGCAUGAUUUAUUUUUAUACAUAAAAGUUAAUGACAUAAAAUGUGAGUUGCACUUUAAACUUAAUGUUCCUGUACAAAAGAAAUACAUUUUGAGUAGUAAGAAAUAUAAAAAUGCAAUAUCAGAUUUCAAUAUAUUUAGAGAAAAUAAUCAGUUAUGCUUUAUAAUUAUUAAUAGCAACAAACGUCUGGAUAAAAAUAUACACGUCUGUUACACUGCUGAGUUAGUCCCAUUUUAUAGAACUAAUGAUCUUACCAGUUACUUAAACAAAUCCUUCAGAGAUGUUGACAAUAUCAAUAAUAGAAAAAUUCAGAAAGAAAAUGAAUUGGUUCACGAAAAGAAUAUGGAAAAUAUCGAUAAUAUGCGCAUAUACCCUUUUAACAUAAUUGAUGGUAGUGGUAGUAGCGCUAAUAAUGAUAGUAAUGAUACCACUGCAUACAAAAAUAAUUCACUCGCCUUAAGGAGCGAAAAAGAUUCAGAAAUGAAAAAUGAAAGCAUUUCUACUUUGCAAGAGGAGAAUUACAAAAAAAAUGGAAAAGAACUCGUCAAUAGGAGAAAUUACUCCAAGUUAGCCUAUGCAAAAUCAAAUAAUCUCAGAAGUGGUACACUCAAAAAUGUGAAUGAUAAUAAAAAAAAGAAAUUGAAAAACCCAUUUAAAAAAAUUAAAAAAGGAAUAAAUAAAAUAAAAUAUAAAAUAAAAGAAAGACGAAAAAGUGCAGAAAAAAAAGAUAAUUUAAAUAAUAACAUAGAAAAAAUUCAAGAUGCCCUAAAAUAUAUAACAAAUAAAAAGGUGAUUAAUCAUUUACUAGAAUUUGAAUAUUUCCAUUCCGGCAAAUGGUCUACUACUACUUUUAGUCUUACCAUUGAUACUAUGAAAGGGACUAAUGAAAAUAUCAAAUUAAUAUUAGAGCUAGGAGAUUAUAAUAUAAAAACAUAUUACGAAGUAGACUUAAACGGAAUCAAUAAUAUUCCAUCUUUACAAAAAUUAGACGCUUUUAUUAAAAAAAGUAAUAUCAGAAAUGGCAUAUCACAAAGGUUGAAGAAGUACACUAAAUUAAACAUGAUUUUAAAAUACCUAUUCAAAUUUAACCAUGAAAUUAAACAUGUUUCCUAUGUAAAAUGGGUUAAGCAGGUACCUAUGAAGAACGACUAUGAACAGAUGGGAAAAAUGGAUAGUAUCACAAUGCAAAGAGAUGAUCAAAGGCAAAAAAUGACACAGGAGAAAAGUGGUAACUUAGAUAGUGGUGCAGAAGAACAAAUGAUGAAUAAAGAUAACAAAGACAAAAAGGAGAAGCACACAAUCGAGGAGUAUUUAAAAUUUACUUGGUAUAAAGAGCACAAUAAAAGACGCGAAGAAGCCAUUAUAUCAGUAAGAUCCAUCAAUCCGUUUAAUCUAAAAAAUCAUAAUAGUGAAAUUUUGUGUGAAGUGAAUGGUGAUAUUACAGAUAUUUUUACAAUAUUUGAAACAUACAGUAGUAGGAAAAAGGCUAGCUCUAGGAAAGAAACAGAUUUGGCUAAUGGUGAUAAGGAAGAGAAAGAAGAGGACAAAGGAGAUCAGAUAAGUGAGAAGAAGGAAGAAGAAAAGAUAGAGGUAAAAGGUGUUGAUGCUACUAAUCCAAGUGCGACUCAUGAAAUACGUGGAAUGCGCAUGAAAUCGACUAACAUAAAUGGUAGAAACAGUAAAUACUUUUCGGACUAUGCAAAAUACUUUAGUAAGAUUUAUUCCCUAACUGAGGAGGAAAAUUAUUUUAUAAAAACUAGAAUGGACAAAACUUGCGCGUUACUGAAAUAUAGACUUAUUUUGCUAUCUGUUAUAAUAAUUAAAAGCAAUAACUUGAGUAACCUAAAAAAGAUGAAUAGCCUUAGUAAUGAAUUAUUAACGAAUAGAUACAAAUUUUACAAACAUAUUGAAUAUCAUCAAAAUAAAUUGUUUAGGAAAAGACAUGUAUACGUUGAAAACAAACAUUAUAUAAUUAAAAAGAAAUUAGAGUGUUUGAUAGGAUUAGAAUUCUACAAAAGUUUAAAGAAUUCUCUAGAAAGAAAGAAAAUUCUAAAUAAUUUUUUGGAGGAUUUAGCUGUAGAAAUUUCUAGUAUUAACAAACAUUUUUACAAAUAUUAUUACACAGAUAAUACUAACAUCCAUUCUUCCAACUUUUAUUUAGAUAAUUUAAAAAAUAUUAAAUCCCUAUGUCCAAUUAUUUAUGAGUUAAAAAAUAAGGAGAAAUUUAACUUCUCCAAUACGUCCAAAGUAGACAGUUCAGUAAAAAUACCAACCACUACUGACGCAGAAAAAAAAAUAAAAAAAUGUGAAAAAAAGGUAGGAUUUUACGGAAGUACUAUAUCGUUUUUUGGAAAGGUAAUAGAUGAAUCAAUAGGGAAAACAAGGAUUAAAAAUAUAGCUAUGUUUUCAUAUCAAUGUGAGAAAUCUAUAUUCAAUGGAAAGAAUUUGAGUGAACUAGAUGACUACUAUAAAAACUUUUGCAUAAAUAUAUUCGAUAAAGAAAUUGAAGAACUUGAUGAACCUUUCAAACCAAACACUGAAUGGAUUAAUAUGUUGUAUAACACUUUUUCAUCAAAUAAAAAUCAUAACAAUUAUGGGGGAAAUAAUUAUAGUGAAAUAAAAUGCUUUGGUUUUGCAGAUAGAGAUGAAUUAAAGGCAUAUGAGAAAAAGAAAGGCGCAAAAUGUAAAAUUACUAUCUUAAAUAGAACACUUAAUGUGUUACAGCAAUUUAUAGAUAAAUAUUACAAGUUAAAAGAGGAUGGAAUAAGUAAUGGAAAUGCAUAUAAUAUCUAUGCUCUAUUUAAAAAUAUAUAUAUUGUCAUGAUAUACAAACUAAUGUUUGAAACGAGAGCAUUCAAACCUUUACGUAUUCAACAGAAAUUAAAUUUGGUAGGAAAUAAAUAUACAAAAUUAUUAUAUAAAAAAGAAAAUUAUUCAAAAUAUUUAAGUUAUAUGUUAGAUAAAAUUAGCACCUUAUAUUUAGAAAUAGAAUUUCUCUAUAGAGAUCAUGUAUUUUUAAGAAAUAUUUCUUUCCCUAGUGAUGCAGUCGAGAUUCUUAUGUUUCUUCAUAAGCCAUUUAGUGAUGAUGCAUAUGGGUAUAAAUUAUCUGCUGACCCAAAUAAAGCUAUUAAUGAAGGAGAACAGAACACUAGAGUAUAUGCCUUCUUUGUUCUAAAUUUAUUAGGAUAUUAUCCUGAAAUACAAAAAGUAUUACUAGAAGCUUCACAAAAUGUGGAAUUUAUUUAUAAACUAUUAGAUAUAGAUGUAAUCGAGAUGAAAAAAAUUUUAGAAUCUAAGGAAGAAGCAUCAUCAGAAAAUGGUGGUUCUUCCAAUACUCAAAAAAAUGAACAAAAACAGAAAGACAGUUCUGAAAAAAAUCAAACAGGAAUUGCAGAUAAAAUCACAAAACCAUUUGGAACUAUUUACAAUUAUCUAUUCUCUAGGGGGGAAGAUGAGGGAGAUUAUAAUAGUUCUUCUGUGUAUGCCACUGAAUCAAUGGAAAAAAGCAAAAUGAAUGAUAUAAAAUACGAAAUUAAUGAUUUCAAAUGGAUGGAAAAGGAACAAAUAUAUAGCAUUAAAAAGUUAAUAGUACAACAUGAGUUAGUAGAUUAUUUUGUAAAAGGAAUAAAAUUAAUGAACUUACAAAGUUAUCUCAAUGAUAAUAAUUAUCUAGUGGCAUAUAAAAAAGCUCUUAAUGAAGAAUUGAAAAAAAAAGAUUUUCAUCAUCAUUUUAUUAAGACUACACCUCCUUUUAAUUUUGACACAUAUAAAGUUCAUCAUUUAUUAUUAUUUGCUUUUUAUUAUGGUUUCUCUGAUAUAAUAAGAACGAGAAGACAGUAUGUAAAUUUAGAGACAACCAUUAACCGAACUAUUGAUAACAACAAAUCUAUUUAUGUUUAUAGAACCAAGUCAUACAACACUUUCAAUUUAGAUCCUGAGAAAAGAGGAACGUUAAAUAAGGAACAUGAGGAAAUAGCCAAACUUGUGUAUAAGUACGCCAUACAAUACAGAUUUUAUCAUAAGGAUGAUAUCAACAACAAUGGUGGUAAUAAUGAUAGUGGUAGUGAUGACACUAAUGAUUCUACUAACAACCGCAGUAACGUCUUUUUCAAAUUCAACAAGAAGCAAAAAAAUGAACUGAUCAGCAUGUUAAAGAGCAAAAAUAAAAAAGCCUAUACACCACGUGACUUAGAUGAAAUUAUUUCAUUUAUCCAAAUUAUGGUUGAAAAUUAUAUUUUCAUAUUAAAUAAUUACCCUUCGAAUUUUAGUCUGAGUAAACGUUCCUCUUUUUACGAUAAUUUCAUCAAAAAUGUAAAACAAUUUUUUUUCUCAUUUAACAAAAAAAAUAAUUUAAUAUAUAUAAUAAAUCAAAAAGAUAUCAACUAUAAUAUGCAGGCAAUAAAACAAAUUAGUGAUAAAUCAACUGCAAUUAAUCUUAUAAAAUCCAUUAUAGAUUUCAUAUUAUUUGCUGCCACGAGGUCUUAUAAUGUAGACUAUGCCAUCAAAAAUGUAAUAAGUAUUAACAACAAUGAUGACAUUUCUUUAAAGAAUAUACCAAAGAAAUCCUGUUCUACUUCUAAUUGCAGAAAUAGGAAAUUCAAAGAGGGAUAUAUAUUUUUAGAAGGUCCUCUUACCAUGUACAACUAUAAUAAGAAGUCUCGUAAAAGGACUGAGAAUUAUUCUAAAAUGAAUCCAAGUAUGGAGAAGGUACAUUACUACCAUUCACUUGGGUAUAAUCCCUUCGGUGCACAUGAUUCAGUAAAUACCAAAAGAAUUGGUACUGUUAGUAGAAGAACGAAUAAUCACUGCAAAUGUUACAAUAAAUAUAUCCCCGUUGAACUCUGGGGUUACAAAAAUGUAGACACAAGAAGGUGUCGGAAAUUUGUGCCAUUGUUAAAGGGGGGGAAAAUGAGUAGGUAUACAUACCCAUUAGGAAUAAACACAGAAAGAAAAAAGAGAAAUAUGGUAAUAUGUAAAAAUAGGGUAAACACAUUCAAGAAUAUAGAUUGGUAUAAUUCAUCGAACACAAUUUCGGAUAAAAAAAAAGGAGGGACAGUUGAGGUACGAAAAAGUUGUAGCGAAAAAUGUAAUAAACCGAAUUGGAGCAAAAGAGGAAAUUAUGACAGUCCUGCUUUUUAUCAAAUAAGAAAUGAAAAAGAUAUGCUUAGCAAUCAUAGUAUAAUAAACAAAGGAAACCUUUCCAUUAGUUUUAUUCCAGAAGAUGCAGGAAAGCCUAACUACAUAAGAAAUGGUACACUAAGGAAUAGAGUUAAUAAUAAUAAUAUUAUUAAAGGAGAGGAAGAAGGUGCUCCUAUGUCAUCAGAGAUUACUAUCAAAGAAACUACAAAUCCCAUCGAGAUAAUAAAAAAUGUACCAUACAAUUUUAUUGAAAAUGAACAUAAAAAUAAUAUACAAUCUUCUGAUAUGCUUAGCAACUUUUUAGGUACUCAGAUGAGUAAUUUAUAUUCAAAAUUAAAAGGAGGAGUCUUUUCAUUUACUUUUGUACAUGGGUUUGAUUUUUUUUUAAGAAAUAGUCUUUUCUUUUAUCGUAGACAUAUGAUUUCAAAAUAUAUAACGUAUUAUACUAAAAUGAAUGUGAUUCAAAGUUUAGAUAUGUUAUUCUUAAUUGUACGAAAUGUUGAGUUGAACACCUCUUUAACGAAUACGGAUUCAAUGAAGCAUAGCUUAUUUGAUAUAUGCUUAUGUAAUAUGCAGAAUUUAUCUGUUUCUUUAAAAAACAUAUUAAAUGUUAUUGAUGAAGAAAAAUUAGAAAAACUUCUGUCUAAUAUAAUUGCUGUAAUACAUAUGAGAUAUACUGGAAAUGCUCGAUUUAUAGAAGACCUUGUUAAUAAUAUAAAUGAAGCAUUAUCAAAAAAUAUUACCCUAAAAAAAUUAUUUGGAAAUUUUAUAUCAUAUCUUACUAUUUCAUCUAUACAAACAGUUGAACUAUAUUUUCAUUCUAGAUACAAAAAAAAGUUACUCUCGAUAAUUAUAACAUUCCUCAAUAAAAUAUCAGCAACGGUUUCAAAUAUUUUUGGAGAACCCUUCUUUCAAUCAUAUGUUUGCACACACUUGAUCAAAAUUGGGGAAUCUUUCAUACAAGAAUUUAAUGCUGAAAAUACAGUCUAUCGCUUCUUUAUGGACAUAGGGGAAAUAAAUUUUAUUGAUAUUAUUGUUUCUUAUGCUUACAACUACUUACCGAAGGCUGUUCGCGAUUUUACAGAGAAGUGA